UUUUGCUCCGGCCCCUUUUGAUUUCUGCACAAAUUUCGGUCUGAUAAUUCAAUUCCUUUCUUGGUCGGAGACAGAUUUGCUGGCAAUUUUUGAUCUUGAGGAAUUUGAGAGUGGUUUGGAAUCCAUUGGUAAGAAGAUGGGUUCAGAGGAUGCUGUACCGUUGGUUGACAAGGUCAAUGUGGGACUUGAGGUCUCUGUAGACCGGGAUUGUCCUGGCACAAAGAACCAGAAGAAAGUUCCUAAAAGAAUCCACAAAGCUGAGAGAGAGAAACAGAAGCGCGAGCAAUUAAAUGAGCUUUUCUUCGAGUUGUCAAAUUCUCUUGAUCUGAAACAGCCGAACAACGGCAAGGCCUCUCUGUUGUGUGAAGCUACUCGACUGUUGAAGGACUUGCUCGCUCAGAUCGAGUGUCUCAGAAAGGAGAACACCUCCCUUUUAUCCGAAUCUCACUAUGUGACAGUCGAAAAGAACGAGCUAAGAGAGGAGAACUCAACUUUAGGAACCCAGAUCGGAAAGCUACAAAGCGAGAUCGAAGCGAGGGUGGUCCAGUCAAAACCUGACCUUAAUGCACCCCCUCCUGAUUGUCUCACAAUGCCAGCUCCAGAACCCACCUUAGGUCAGGUUCAUACUGUCCUUGUCCUUCCCUUUCACUCCGAUCUUCAAGCCUAUCCACUAUCAGAUGCGGCGCAAGUCACAUCUAAUCCGACCUCAAACGUCAGCAAACCUCAUGCUAGAUAUCCCACCUCGGGUGAUUCCUGGCCGGCUCAACUUCUAAGGCAGCAGCCAGAAGCAGAGGAAGAUUCAGCUAAGGUUUGCAACAGUAGCAAUAGGUAAAGAAGUCCUGGUAAUGUGUAGAAUGUAAAUUGUAACUUAAACGGCAGUGUGCAGUUUCUUAGGCUUAUUUUUGGGUUAAGUGGAAUGGCUCUUUUGGAAAUUCUUGAUUCAUGCUGAUUGAAUUAACUCAAGUGUGAUGAAACAAGGGGGGGAAAAAAUACAGGAUUGAGCUGAAGGAUAAAGGGUAAACAAAAACAUGAAAAAUGAAAUUGGCUGGUCCAUUUCUCAUUCCACUUUGUAAACAAUUUUUGACGUUCAUUUAGAAAAAAGGAAAAUAAAAACCUUUUGUGAACAAUUUGGAGUUUAGACACGGAUGCACCGUAGGGCCAGUGGGGGCAGAACUAAAGAAUAGUUAUAUAUAAUGUUGGUUCUGAGGAUUAGUGUUCUGAGAAGUGCCUUUGUGCCCCCACUAGUCUACCAUGCUGUGGGCUUUCUUUGUUGUGUUUUAACCCAAACUUCUCUUAUAAGUUAGGAUUCCUUCUCUAAAUUGUAAGAGUAAUAAGACCGUGUAACUUACC